AUGCAUCAGCCUCCGCCCGCUGAUCAGUCGACCUUCGACUCGCAGGCGCGGUACAAUCUUCAAGCCACGGAAGAUAUCGACGACGAGCAGCAUUUUGUCGAGGAGGAGAAGAAGCGGACCAUCCAGUUGCCUAAAAGACCAAACUACAAGCCGAAGCCGUUGCGAUGGCCGUUCAUUACUGUCGUUAUUCUUCUGCUCGGGAUCCUCAUGGCUUUGGCAUAUCUUAAUGUACCGGCAAAAUGGAACUUCAGAUGGGCAGUCAACAUCGACCGAUCCACCGCCGUCGACGUCCCCGGCCGAAACCAACUCGACACCGGCAACGUCCUCCUCCACGGCACCUGCUGUGCCGAGUACUUCGACUGUAGCGAACCUCCCUAUCAGUACCGGCCCCGACCUACCAAGAAGUUCUGGAUCUCAAACUCAGGCAACAUCAGAACAGCCAUUACGGGCCUCGGAGUCAUCCACAUUGCCUAG